AUGCUCCGAGCGCGAGCGCGUCAGCUUGCAGUUGAGCUUGUCAAACCCCUAAUAGCUCAAUUUCAUAUAGGAACUAAGACAAGUAUUGUGAAAUAUUACCUACUUUUUGUCUCUAAGCUUUCUCUAUUAGCUAAGUGUUGCCUCAUAAUUCUACAGCUGAGCACUAAUACAUGCAAGAAACAUGCCUCAAAACAUACCUACUUUCCUGUCUCGGAUACUGCAGCUUUCACUCGAGAUGCAUAUGCUAAAUUUUCAGGAGAGCCGUUUAUGCAGGUAGCAUCCAGCUAUACAUCUUAG